AUGUCUAUAAAGAUUAUCGACCCUGUUUAUACAACCAAAUACAUUGGACCAUGCCAAAUUACACUUUUCGAUCGCAAUGAUACGCCCAUUACAGUGAUCGAUGCGCCUGAGAAGGCCGAGCCGGCCUUGCAAAUUAACGAUAAAGUUAUCACGAUUAAAAUUUUCGAGGGGUGCCGUGCGGAAAAGGAUUACGGGACCUUUCCCGAUGGUCUUUAUAUUAAAGUAUCAUACAAGGGUCAAAGAUAUGGUUAUAUUAUUCGAUAA